AUACUGUUUUUCUCCAAUUGGUUCUGUAUCUGCCUGCCAAGCGUACGAUUCGGAGAAAACGAGAGAAAUGGGUAGCUCUGGAUUCUCAUGGAAGUUGGCGGAUCAUCCUAAGCUUCCAAAGGAAAAGACCAUCGCUUUAAUCGUUUUGGAUGGUUGGGGCGAAGCCAAACCCAAUCAAUACAACUGCAUCCAUGUUGCCGAUACCCCUACCAUGGAUUCUCUCAAACAGGGAGCUCCAGAUAGAUGGAGAUUGGUUAGGGCUCACGGAAAGGCAGUGGGUCUUCCGACUGAGGAUGAUAUGGGUAACAGUGAAGUGGGUCACAAUGCUCUUGGCGCUGGCCGGAUUUAUGCCCAAGGGGCACAACUUGUUGAUCUUGCUCUUGCAUCUGGAAAGAUCUACGAUGGUGAAGGAUUUAAAUAUAUUAAACAAUCAUUUGAAACUGGUACAUUACACUUCAUUGGUUUAUUGAGUGAUGGUGGUGUUCAUUCUCGACUCGAUCAGUUGCAGCUGUUGCUAAAGGGUGCUGCUGAAAAUGGUGCUAAGAGAAUCCGUGUUCAUAUCCUUACCGACGGUCGUGAUGUCUUGGAUGGUUCAAGUGUUGGUUUUGUUGAAACUCUUGAGAAUGAUCUUUCUUCCUUGCGUGGUAAAGGGAUUGAUGCUCAAGUUGCAUCGGGUGGAGGCCGUAUGUAUGUUACAAUGGAUCGUUAUGAGAACGAUUGGGAUGUUGUGAAAAGGGGAUGGGAUGCUCAAGUUCUUGGCGAGGCUCCGCAUAAAUUUAGGAAUCCGGUUGAAGCUGUGAAGAAACUGAGGGAGAUCCCGAAGGCUAAUGAUCAGUAUCUUGAACCUUUUGUUAUUGUUGAUGAAGAAGGGAAAUCUGUUGGGCCGAUAGUAGAUGGGGAUGCGGUUGUGACUUUCAACUUUAGGGCUGAUCGAAUGACAAUGCUUGCCAAAGCUCUUGAAUACGAAGAUUUUAACAUAUUUGAUAGAGUUCGUUUUCCGAAAAUUCGUUAUGCGGGUAUGCUUCAAUACGACGGAGAAUUGAAGCUUCCAAAGCAAUACCUAGUUUCUCCACCCGAAAUCGAGAGAACUUCCGGUGAAUACUUGGUUCAUAAUGGCGUACGCACUUUCGCUUGCAGUGAGACUGUUAAGUUUGGUCAUGUGACAUUCUUUUGGAAUGGGAAUCGAUCCGGAUAUUUCAAUCAAGAUAUGGAGGAAUAUGUUGAGAUUCCGAGUGAUUCUGGAAUCACAUUCAAUGUUAAGCCUAAUAUGAAGGCAGUUGAGAUUGCUGAGAAGGCUAGGGACGCUAUUCUUAGCCGCAAAUUCCACCAGGUUCGUGUUAACUUGCCAAACGGGGACAUGGUUGGGCACACUGGUGAUAUCGAUGCAACCGUUGUCGCUUGCAAAGCUGCAGAUGAGGCUGUCAAGAUUAUACUCGAUGCAAUCGAGCAAGUGGGUGGAAUCUACGUGGUAACAGCUGAUCAUGGAAAUGCGGAAGACAUGGUAAAGAGGAACAAGAAGGGCGAGCCAGAUCUCAAGAAUGGCCAAGUUCAAAUCUUGACAUCUCACACUCUUGAACCUGUGCCUAUUGCAAUUGGAGGCCCCGGUUUGGCAGCUGGUGUGAAGUUCAGGAAGGAUGUACCCAAUGGCGGUCUUGCCAAUGUGGCAGCGACGGUUAUGAAUCUCCAUGGACUCGAAGCGCCUAGCGAUUACGAAACCACUCUAAUCGAGGUGGUUGAUAACUAAACGGGAAAACUUCGAUAAAAAGGUCUCUUCAAUCUUCAUGUUGUUUAUUUUAUCAGUUUUGUUUUCGAUUUAAAGCAACUUUGCCAUAAUCUUGAGCUUGCUAGCUGCUUAUUGCUAGAUCAAUAAGAAAUAAAGGACCUCAACUUUGUUUAAAAAGAAAAAUAAGUUUUUUUUUCUUCUAA